CCCAGACUGGGUGAAGACACUGAAAGAACUUAACAUUUUUUAAACUUUUACCUCUUUUUAAGGGUUUUUUUGUGAGGGAGCCAAAGCCUUUUACUGUUGGUAUCCCUGUCAGGGGGUCUAGGUCUGCACUUUACUCUUCAAGAAAAACUACCAAACAAGACAGACCAAACGCAUCUCCUCAGAGAAACCCCCCUCCCAAAGGUGAGAGGGGGGGAAGAUGGCAGCACUCGCCAGUUCUCUGAUCAGACAAAAACGGGCGGUGAAGGACGACCAGGCCAACCGACCAAUCGCCAACAAGCGCAGGCCAUGUCCAAAAAGCAACAAGUCCCUGUGCCAGAAACAGAUCCUAAUCCUCAUAUCCAAAGUGAGACUAUGUGGAGGUCGAAGAGGCAGAACCGAAAAAAGACCAGAGCCUCAACUAAAAGGCAUCGUCACACGUCUGUACAGCCAGCACGGGUUCUACCUGCAGAUGCACCCGGAUGGCACCAUGGACGGCACAAGGGACGAGAGCAGCUCCUUCUCACAGUUCAACUUGAUUCCUGUGGGCCUGCGAAUCGUGGCCAUCCAGGGGGCGAAGACGGGGCUUUACGUGGGCAUGAACAGCGAAGGCUACCUCUACACCUCAGAACACUUCAACCCUGAGUGUAAAUUUAAAGAAAGUGUAUUUGAGAACUACUACGUGACCUAUUCAUCCAUGCUGUACCGACAGAGCCAGUCGGGUCGCUCAUGGUACAUCGGCAUCAACCGAGACGGGCAAGUAAUGAAGGGCAACCGAGUAAAGAAGACCAAAGGAGCUGCUCACUUCCUGCCCAAGUUGCGAUGUACAAGGAGCCGUCGUUGCACAAGCUUGUUUCCGAGCAGAGUCCACCUCGGAAGACUGCGAAGACGUCGGACUCUCAAGACGAGCGUAAGGUCACGCAGCACUCCGACGCCUCCUUAUAACACAGGGAGGUCAGAGGGAGGGGGAGCGGGAACUCCAGGAACUCCAUUUCCUAUCAUGCACCAGGGCAGGCUGUUCUCAGAGCCUCAACAGUGGCAUGGUGGGACUCGAGAGAGGAGACACCCUGCUUUUCUUUUCCUCUGAAUCAGCAAGAGCUUCCUAACCCUUCUCCAUUACUGUUAAUAUUUCACAUUGAGACUUGAGAAUAAAGAAUAAUGAUGCAAGACA